UUGAAAGCUGGAACACCAUGACUGUAGUGACGCAUUCAAAAUAAACAAAAUUCUAGAGAAUGAGACAACUCAGAGGCAGAACGCUUCGGCUCCUAAAGAUAGGAUGUUUCUGUUUCAUGUUUAUGAUUAUUAUUUGGUACAUCGCUAUGACGUUAAAGAAAAGAGUUACCCCUAUGUAUGCUUCUGGUGUUGUUGAUACAACAGUAGGCCACAUUCGGUAUGACUUUUCCACGGGUAUGUUUUCAUUAAUAGAAAAUGGUGAAACUUACAUUCAGGGUCUUUUAUCAGAAUCAUUACGAUAUACAGCUGCCUUGGAGUGUAGGCCAGACCGGAACAACCCGAAUUACCUCUGUCUGAGAUGGCACCGGUACACAGAUCUAGAGGUCAGAAAAUUAAAAGGAAGUGAUCAAUGUCACGAAAUUUUUUGGAAGCCUUCCAGUCGAGACUUUCUGCCUCAAGACUGCAUUUCUUUACGAGGUGCCAUAUGGUAUGGGGGAGGUGAAAUGUAUGACCAGAAGUGGCCAUUGAGAGAUGUGUCCAUUCCUCUACAGCCAUACCUUUCAAAUGAUCUCAUGUAUAAAACAAAAUACAAUAAGCCAACAGGAAACAUUUUUGGAAAUGUGAUAGAGAGAUUUUGGCUCAGCACUAAAGGUGUGGGCAUUGUGGUUGACAGUUCUGUCCCUUUGUUUGUUAGUAUGAACACCAGUAAUAGUAAUCUACUGUGCUUCACAACUAACUCGGAUCAUCCUCGGUAUCCAACAGGACAAAGCCAUUUACUAAAAUACACCAUUUGUAAGAAGAAAAAUAUCAAGGAGGUUUAUGAAUUAAUGCAAAUGAGACAUUUUGAGUCCCCGAAAGAUAAGCCAAGUCUGGAUUUAAUGCAGUUCCCAGUGUUGUCCACUGUACCAAGAUUUGAAAACAAUAUGACACAAGGGGUUUUGCUAAAGUUUGUAAAGAAAUUUAAAGAUGAUCUGGAAAAAGCUUUGUCUAUCAAGAAACUAUUUUUUGAAUUUGAUGGUCUGUUUUCCUCAAAAUUUGGUAACUUUGAUAUUGAUUCUGGUUUAUUUCCUAAUGCACAUCAAGUCUGCAGCACAAUGAGAGAAUAUGGAUACCAAAUUAUUGUGUCUAUGACUCCUUUGAUAAGUAAAGAUUCCAAAAAUUUUGACACAAAAUCUGAGUUUUUAGUACAAAAUUCAAACUCUGAGCAACUAGCACUUGUGAAGUGGUAUUAUGGUAUGGUGGGCUUAGUUGAUGUGACAAACCCAGAAGCUGCUAGAUGGUUUCAUUCAAAAUUAUCAACAAUGAUGAAGGAUUAUGGAAUAGAUGGAUUAAAGUUAUAUGCUUGUGAAAGUAACUAUUUACCCCCAAACCACCUAAGUCAUGGAUCAUUAGCAAAUCCUGGGUCUUACAUUACAAACUUACUUUCAUUAGUUAGCAAUUUAGGACAAAAUAAACAACUUUUACAAACAACCUGUGCCUACAAGUCUCAAAAACAUUCCAUGUAUGUACAACUAGGAAGGAAGGAAUCCAAGUGGGGAGCUGACAAUGGUCUUCAAAGUGUGAUUCCUGCUGUUUUGACACUAGGGAUUCUGGGAUACCCAUUUGUGAUCCCUGAUGUAGUUGGAGGAAGUGGUACACAUGGUAACACAACUUCUCCUCCAAAUCGAGAACUUUACAUCAGGUGGUUACAAAUGGCUACUUUUAUGCCAGUUCUUAAAUUUUCAUAUGUUCCUUGGGAUUAUGAUGAUAAAGUAGUAGACAUAGCUUUUAAACUGAUGAAACGAAGACAAGAAAUAAUGAGACUGCUUAUAAAUGCUGCAAAGGAGGCUGAAACAAAUGGCUCCCCGAUUAUUAGACCAUUGUGGUGGACAGACCCCCUGGAUCCUUAUGCUCUGACAAUUAAUUCUGAAUUUAUGUUGGGCAAUGACCUACUUGUGGCCCCAGUUGUUAACCCAGGGGUGACAAAGAUAGAUAUUUAUUUACCUGAAGGUUACUGGAAGGAUAACCUAAAGGGUGAAGUGCACCAUGGAAAACACUGGUUGAGGGACUAUGAGGUCAGCCUAGAACAGAUACCGACUUUCAGUAAGCACAAAUUCUUAGCGAAAUGAAGUCCGACUGUUGUCUUUUAAGCAAAAUCAUACAUGUAUCUUACAACUCAGGUAUUGGAAGGCUGUGAACAACUUAACCAAUAAUGUGAAGAAUGAAUUGUGUUUUGUGUGAA